ACUAACGUUCAUAAGGGUGACGAUAUUAACUUCAUUAUGACGAUCAAACUAUUUAAUAACAAAUCAUUAGAAGGCUUGUGGCAAAAACGAUCUUCUGAAUUAGAACGCAGAAUAUUCGUUAUUGUGAUUAUUGGAUUUAUUUGUUCGAUUCUUCCAAUUAAUGCAUCGGCGGCUGUUAUUAGCUUAACAUCACCUCUAGGACCAGCACAUAAAUGUACGACGGAUGAGUGCCAGGUAGAACGUUUAGAAACAGCUGCAUCAAUAAUUAAAACCCGUGACACGAGCGUAAAACCUUGUGAUAAUUUUUUCCAACAUGUUUGCGGCAAUUAUGAAGCUACUGAUAUAGAAAACAAUCCGGAUAUUAUUGAAUCGAUGAGAGAUGCUUAUAUUGACAACUUGAUUGAUGAUGAUUUAGCUGCUAGUGAUUCGCAUGUCAACCAACUCAUUGGAAAAAUCCAUAAAGUAUGCAUGGAUGAAAGCGCCAAAGGAGAGAAGGCCCUGGAUGUUAUGAAAGAUGUCAUUAAAAAGUUAGGUGGCUGGCCCAUUGUGGAAGGCGAAGCAUGGAAAGAAGCUGAUUUCAAUUGGAUCGACUUUAUCGGUGAUGCCAAGAAAACCGGUUACAAUAUAAACUAUUUCUUAGAUUGGAAACCUCAGAAUCAGUUUGAUGGUCAAAAUCAUACUUUGAGAUUUUCCCUUCAAACGUCUCCUAGUUUCUUUGACUACUCCAUGUCUGAAGAUUCAGAUUUGCAAAAAGAAGUGUACAACAAUCAUAUAGCUAAUAUAGCAAAACUUCUUGGGGCAAAAUUAGAUACUACUACGAAGAGCUUAUUUGAUUAUUACGAUUUUGAAAAGAAAUUAGAUGAUUUGAGUUCCGACUAUUAUUCAUCACAAACUGAAUCAAUCACGAUUGAAGAGCUACAAAAAGAAUUUCCAAGUAUCGAUUGGAAUAAAUUUGUUGACAAAACGUUACUACCUUUUCUGGAUAGUGAUGAUACUAAACCUACUUUAACUGUUUUCAAUUCGACAGCCAUUAAAGAAGUUAUUAAAUUAAUCGAAAACACUCCUAAACGCGUGCAGGCCAACUACGCCAUCUGGAAAAUAAUUCAAUAUUCAAUUCCUUUCUUGACUGAUGAGUUCCAGGAAGCGCUUAAAGUAUUUCAUAGUGCUGUCGGCUAUUCCGAUAUACCUCGUGAAGAACAUUGCGAUGAACUUUCUAGAAGCUAUGCAAAACACGCGGCUGUAAAUCUUUAUUUGGACCAGUUUAAAAGCAGCCAAGAAACAAUCGAUAAAAUGAUAGCGCUAAUUAAACAGACAAUGAUUGAUAUGAUAAAUGAUUCUAAAAAGUUAAGUGAUGAGGAUAAAAAGGCAGCAGUUGAACUUCUUGAAGAAAUGGAUUCCACUAUUGGACAAUCGGAAAAAUUCACUGAUCCUCAAGAAUUAGAAAAUUUCUAUGCUGCUGCCGAAGUCCUCGACGAUAACUUCUUACAAACUGUUUUGAAUAUGAAUGUUUUCAAGAUGCUAUCAGAGAACAGCAAUAAAAUGCGUUCCGAAAUAUUUCAAUACACUCCGAUGGAAACAAUACAGGCAGAUAUGCCAGAAAACUAUCUUAAUCAUUUAUACAUUCCGGCAAAGAUGAUACCAAGUACGUUAUUUGACAAUAAUCGACCAAUGUAUAUGAAUUUCGGUUCAGCUGGUAGUCACAUUGCCCGUGAAAUGUUCAAGUCCUUAGCUCACUUGGGAAGAAAAUGGUCUGAUGAGGGAGAAGAACUUCCUGGUGAACAAGUUGAUUGUUUCAAGAAUGUGGUGCAAAAUGUAACCGACGAAUAUCUCAAAGAAGCCAUCGAAGAGAUGAUUAUGGAUGACGGCAUUGCUCAGUACAUUGGAUUUCGCGUAGCUUAUUCCGCUUACGAACAGUAUGUUAUUCAAUUUGGUCCGGAACUGGGUUUACCCGAAUUAUCUCAAACACCCGAACAAUUAUUCUGGAUAUCAUAUAGCCAUUCAUUAUGUCACGCUCGAUCUGAGCCUAUUACGUUGCCAGCAGUUAUUGAUGAAACUUUGCCAUUUCUUAUAGACGAUUUGAUAUUGACAACACUCAAGAAUGUACCAGAAGUUUCAGCCGAUUUCGAUUGUCCCGUCGGUUCUAGAUUGAAUCCCGAGCAUAAAUGUUCUUGGUGGUAAAUCAAACUUAUCAAUUAAUUAAUUUAUUGAAUUAAUUAAUCGUUAACUAUUUUUAGCAAUGAAUAAAAAUUUUACUGACAUU